AGUUUAAACCCCCUGUCUCAUCUCUUCAAUAUACCUGCAUAUUUAAUUAACACUUAACAUUCCAGUUACUUCAUCGCUGUACAAGUUAGCAGUUUUACAGGACCUGGUUCUGUAGUACUGCAAUCAUGGCGAAAGGUUUUACCUUUGCAGUUCUGUUGGUGCUUGCUGGGUUCAUCAAUUCAUUGUGCGCAGUAAGUAGGACUGACUGCUUUUAUGACAACAUCGCAAAGCUGGCAUCAUCUGACGCUCCACUGUAUUCAAGACAUGAUGAAAAGCAAGGUCUGAUUUCCAAAAAUGUAUCAAAAGCUAGCUACCUCGAAAUCAUGAGAAAAAUCAAAUCGUCAGGAAACACUUUUGCCUGCGGGUACACAAGAGGCUGGAUCGCAGAAAUUCUCCAAGGCCUGUCCUCGCAGUACGACGAAUUCAAAGUGAGGAGCCAAAGUGGUUCGCUUGCCGCAGGCUAUCUGAACGUAACAGGAAACAAGGUCGUCGACUUAUUCAAUUCGAACCUCAACUCGCCCAGCCGAAUACUGUACAAGUUCCAGAUCGUUGGUCCAUUGGACCACGUGUGGAUGGUGGAGCAGUUGGCAACGGGUGGAGGGUACAGGGUCUACCAAAGUUACAACAAUGCAUACUCUCUCAAAGCCUGGCUCGCAAAGGGCAACUUGAAAGCACUGCAUGGGACGGACAUCAUCAUCUGGCAUGACGUAAUCAGAAUGGCCGACGAUUUUCUUAAGAAAUAUGGCGCAUCAAUGUCGAAUCUUGACAACUUGCCAGUAGCAUUGCUGGGCAUGAAGCCAUGGUUGGUUCACAUUCGCGACUACAACUUGACACAAGUUGAAAGCGAAUUUCGCAAAGCCUGGUCUGUUGUUGGUCAAGGUCGUAUUAUGAGCAAGGAUUACUUCUACAAGAACUACUUGCAAGUAUUGGCAAACUUGACUGAGGCCAUAAUCCCUUUUGUGAGCACCACGAAACUAUGGACACGGGAGUUGCAUGACAAAUGGACGUCAAUAUUUGGAGCACCGAACCCAGUUCUAUACCCAGGGUACCCAUUCAAUACCCUGACAGCUCAGUUCAGUCAAAAUUAUGCACUUGAAGUGAGAGCGUUGGCGAUAAACUCAACAGCGGAGGCCCAGUGUCAGGCAAAUGCUAAUAUUCUCGCUGCUAGUUUGACUGACUGCUUUUAUGACAACAUUGCAAAGCUGGCAUCAUCUGACGCUCCACUGCAUUCAAGACAUGAUGAAAAGCAAGGUCUGAUUUCCAAAAAUGUAUCAAAAGCUAGCUACCUCGAAAUCAUGACUAACAUCAAAUCAUCAGGAAAAACUUUUGCCUGCGGGUACACAAGGGGCUGGAUCGCAGAAAUUCUCGAAGGCCUGUCCUCGCAGUACGACGAAUUCAAAGUGAGGAGCCAAAGUGGUUCGCUUGCCGCAGGCUAUCUGAACGUAACAGGAAACAAGGUCAUCGACUUCUUCAAUUCGAACCUCAACUCGCCCAACCGAAUACUGUACAAGUUCCAGAUCGUUGGUCCAUUGGACCACGUGUGGAUGGUGGAGCAGUUGGCAGUGGGUGGAGGGUACAGGGUCUACCAAAGUUACAACAAUGCAUAUUCUCUCAAAGCCUGGCUCGCAAAGAGCAACUUGAAAGCACUGCAUGGGACGGACAUCAUCAUCUGGCAUGACGUAAUCAGAAUGGCCGACGAUUUUCUUAAGAAAUAUGGCGCAUCAAUGUCGAAUCUUGACAACUUGCCAGUAGCAUUGCUGGGCAUGAAGCCAUGGUUGGUUCACAUUCGCGACUACAAUUUGACACAAGUUGAAAGCGAAUUUCGCAAAGCCUGGUCUGUUGUUGGUCAAGGUCGUAUUAUGAGCAAGGAUUACUUCUACAAGAACUACUUGCAAGUAUUGGCAAACUUGACUGAGGCCAUAAUCCCUUUUGUGAGCACCACGAAACUAUGGACACGGGAGUUGCAUGACAAAUGGACGUCAAUAUUUGGAGCACCGAACCCAGUUCUAUACCCAGGGUACCCAUUCAAUACACUGACAGCUCAGUUCAGUCAAAAUUAUGCACUUGAAGUGAGAGCGUUGGCGAUAAACUCAACAGCGGAGGCCCAGUGUCAGGCAAAUGCUAAUAUUCUCGCUGCUAGUUUGACUGACUGUUUCUUCGACACUAUCAAGAAGCUAUCCAACUUCGAUGCUUUGCUGAAUUCACGUCUAGAUGAAAAGUACAAUCUCAUCAAUGCUGGAACCAACAAAGAAAAUUGGCUUAGAAUCAUGCGAAGCAUCAAAUCGUCAGGCAAAGCCUUCGCGUGUGGCUUUACAAGGAGCUGGAUAACAGAAAUUCUACAGGGAUUACCUCAGCAGUAUUCUGAAUUGGUAAGCAGAAAUAACAGCGGGACAACGGCAGCUGGCUUUGUCAAUGUGACUGGAGCCAAAGUUAUCGAUCUGUUUCAAAGAAAUGUUGGAUCAAUAGAGAGGAUUUUGUACAAGUUCCAGAUUAUGGGACCUCUAGACCACGUGUGGCUUGUUGAACAAUUACCUUUUGGUGGUGGAUACAGAGUUUAUCAAAGCUACAACAAUGCAUAUUCUCUGAAGGCUUGGCUUGCUACUGGAGACUUGAAGCCAAUGUUUGGCAGUGAUGUUAUUGUAUGGCAUGAUGUUGUGAAAAUGGCAGCAAACUUUCUAAAGGCCCACGGCGGAUCAAUGAACGACUUAGAUAACCUGCCAGCGUCUGUUUGUGCAAUGAAACCAUGGCUUGUCUUCAUUCGUGAUUAUAACAUGACCCAAAUUGAAACAAAUCUCAAACUUGCAGCGAGUAAAUUUGGUCAAGGAAAGAUUUGGCAGCAAGAUUUUUUCUUCAAGAAUUACGUGUAUGUACUUGGUAAUUUGACGGAGGCAAUAAUACCGUUAGUGAGUACAAAAAAAACGUGGACCCAGGCCUUGCACGACAAGUGGAUUUCAUUGUUUGGCUCACCGAAUCCAGUUCUCUAUCCCGGGUUCCCGUUCAAUCAACUCACAGCAACUUUUAGCCAGAAAUACGCCCUUGAAGUCAAGGUUUUGAAAAUCAACCCCUCUAAAACUGUCGAUGAAAGUAAAAUGGCUGAAGGAAAUUGUCCUGCAAAUGGAGCCAUUCUUGAGAAAAGUUUGCACUGUUUCUUUGACGGUGUCAAGGAGUUUCUGAAGUUUGAGAAGAAAUUGGGCACAAGGCUUCAAAAAAUGCUGGAGACAAUAAGGGCAGGUACAAAUCAAAGUGAAUUUGUCAGAAUCAUGAGGGAUUACAAAGCAUCUUCAACUGCUGCUGUUGCCACUGGGCAUCCAAAUUAUUGGAUUAGCGAAAUUCUCACUGGCUUGUCUAAUCAGUUCAAUGAGUUAUCUGCAAAGGGUAAUGGAGUUUUCAACGUGUCCAGCAAUCAACUUUUGGAGAUCUUUCAAAACAACAGUGCUUUACCAGGAAGAGUUUUGUACAGCUUUUCAUUGGAUUGGCAACAGCAAGUUUUUUGGGUAGUUGAGCAGCUUUCGUUCGGCAGAGGUUAUCGUGUUUACCAGAGCAACCAAGAUGCGUUUACACACAAUGCAUGGCUACAGCCUAAUGACAUUUCACCUCUGGGGUCAAGCGACCUCUUCACCUGGAGCCGUGUACGGUCACAAGCUAAUGGUUUCCUUCAAAGGUACGGCGCUUCCUUGUCGAAUCUCGCUAACGUUCCCGCAUCAUUAAAGCCAUGGAUGGUCUCUAUUCGCGACCAAAAUAUGACCCAAGUCAAUGAAACUUUCAGAAAGUCUUGGUCUUCCUUUGGCAAGGGAAAAAUUUUGUCUAAAGCCUGGUUUUUUGAGCAUUACCUUACACCACUGUCGAAACUGAACACCGCUUUGAGCUCACUUGCUGGAACGAGUAAAACCUGGACCCCCGAACUGCAAAAAGAGUGGUCUGUGUUGUUUGGCAGCCAAAAUCCAUGGAUGUACCCUGGUGUACCUGUUGAUACGUACAAUGGCAGCACACUAAGACGCGACCCUUUGCAGCUUAGUGUAUUAAAGAUCAGUGCACAGGCAGAGGCAAAUUGUCCCUCGAAUGUUGCGCUCAUCCGGCGUUCCACAGAGCUCCUGCGAACUACACGAAGACCCACCACAGUCCGAGUGGGUGUUACCACCAAGGGAAAUCCUGGUGGCACUGCUGCAGGCCAUAACCCGGUUUUUAUGCUUGUUGCAUUGUCUACUUUGCUGACGGCACUCUCCAUUUUGUGAAGUAACUAUUAAGAAUAACUAGUAUAAACACAGCACUUUUACAUCGCACUACAUGAACAAAAACGCUUUUCAAACUAUUUCGACACCGGCAAUUUUUAUCGCUGAUCUUUUUACUAAUGCAAAGAUUGCUUGACUGGAUAUCAAGUGCUGUUCGGAUUUGACGUGAGGAUUUGAUGUAAGAUGAUAUGAUGUUCUAUAUUGCUUUAAAA